AUGCAGAUCACUGGCACCCUCAUGACCCUGGCCCUUCUGGCCGUGGGCAUCAACGCCGCCCCCGCACCCCUGAACAUCAACCUCGGCGCAUACUCCCCUGCGUUGGUGGUCGGUGAUGGUGCGCUCACGUUCGGGGCCGGAGAGGCAGAGGCUGGAAAGACCACAGGAGGCACCGCUGGCGAGGGCGCAGCAGCCGCUGCCGCCGCCGCCGCGGGAGCUGCUCAACGCGGCAUCAUUGCGGGCCGAGACAACAAGAAGGUCGAGAAGCGACAGAGCGGAUUCGAUCGCGCCUUGACGUACGCCGAGGCUGCCCUCACCAAGGGCCCCAAGAUCCAGCUCGGAAACGGAGAGGGCGGUGCCGGCGUCGGUAUCAUCGUCGAAAACAGCCCGGCUGCUGCCGGCGGCGCGGCAGCAGGAAAGGCAUAG